AUGGGUGUCCAGGAUAGCCCCCCGGUCGCCGUGGACGCCGUGGUGGCAGCCGACGGCUCCGGCAACUACACCACCAUCGCCGCCGUGGUUGCAGCCGUGCCAUUGAAGAGCACCAAAAGGUAUGUGAUACAUAUCAAGAAAGGAAUCUACAACGAGGCCGUGACUAUAGGCAAGGGUGUACGGAAUCUGACGCUUCUCGGAGACGGUAUGGGUGCUACGAUCAUCUCUGCUCAUCAAAGCGUCGGCGGCGGCGGCGGCGGCCUGACCACGUUCAAGACGGCCACCCUCAGUGUUGAAGGCAAUGGCUUCAUGGCUCGUGAGCUGACGAUCGAGAACACGGCCGGGCCGGAGAACCACCAGGCGGUGGCGCUCAUGUCCACCUCGGACAGCUCCGUCGUGUACCUCUGCGAGAUGAGGUGGUACCAGGACACGCUGUACGCCAAGAGCGGCAGGCAGCUCUACCGCGAGUGCCGCAUCUCCGGCACCGUCGACUUCAUCUUCGGCGACGCCGCCGCCGUCUUCCAGCGCUGCACCGUCCUCGCCCGGCUCCCGCUCCCGGGCCAGCAGAACACCAUCACGGCGCAGUCCCGCGGCUCGGCGGCAGAGACCACCACCGGCUUCUCGUUCCAGCACUGCGACGUGCGCGCCGACGACGACCUCCUCCGCGCCACCGGCGUGGAGACCUACCUCGGUCGGCCAUGGGGGCCAUUCUCGCGCGUGGUGUUCAUGGAGUGCACCAUGUCCAGCGUGAUCCACCCCAAGGGAUGGCUCCCCUGGAGCGGCGGCGGCGGCGACCUGUCCAACGUGUACUACGGAGAGUACAGAAACGAAGGAGAAGGUGGCAACGUGAGUGGGCGCGUGAAGUGGCCUGGUUUCCAUGUCAUCGAGGACGCAUCCGAGGCUGCCAAGUUCACAGUGGACAGCUUCAUCCAGGGGAACCUGUGGAUUCCCAAAGGAGUGGAGCACGAUCCUGGCCUUUGA